UUGGGUGUCAGUUUCCCCCAGCUGAUCACUUCCGGUGUGCACUUCGUGUCUAAACCGGCGGUCUGUUUGUGUGCCAUACCUUUUCCCCGUCCUGUCCGGCGUCUUUUCGGGAUUUCUCGUGUUUGUGUGUGAAGUCGGAGCACCGUGGCGUGGACGUGCCAUGUCUCAGAAUGCCGGGGUGGGGACAGGAUACCGAGAGGGGACGGCAUCGUACUCAACCGUCACGACCGAAGCGGACCAGGACAGCCCGUACUCGCCCACCACCACCACGCUGACGACUACUCAGUCCGGCUGGGGGCUCACGUGCGACCUGAGCUACUGCAGGACCUUCCCAGGGAUCACCAAGAUUGUGCAGAUGGUACUAGCCCUUGUAGCGUUCAUAGUUGCGGAGGCGGCGAGUUGCAGUUUCGGGUGUGGUCAGGGCGCCUUCAGGUUCUUCGAGUUUGUCACCAUCACCUCCUUCCUGGUGGUUCUUGUCAUUUUCCUCUGCAUGGCCACCACGGCCUACCAAAAAGUCACCAUAGUCCACUGGCCCCUCACAGAGCUGAUCACAUGUAUAGUGUGUGUGCUGGCGUAUCUGAUUGCCUCCAGUGUUCUAGCAGCUAAUGUUAAUGACGGGGCGGGCGGUGGUGCAGUGGGCUUUGGUUUCUUGUCCCUGCUGGCGUUCGUGGCCGGAGGGUACUUUGCAUUCCGUGAGUGGCAGGACGAGGCGAGGCCGCGCCUUCCCGUGAACAGGAGGGGGAACUACGUGCCGGCGGAGGAAAAUGAAGAGAAUGAAGACUUGUAACUCACCACCUGUGCUGUCCCUGACGUGUACAUGUUUAUAUAUAUUAUAUAUAUACCACCUGUAGAGGAUCAACACAACUAGACAAGAAGAUGCAUCACUGGCCAUUUUGAAUUUGCGAAGAUUUUCAAAAAUUAAAAAAAAAUUUAUUGAUUGGUUGGAAGGUUAAAGAAAUGGCUUAACAGAAAUGAACAUGUCACUUCAAGAUGUCACUUCAAGAUUGAAACAUGUCACUUUUAUUGACACAUGAAAGGUGACACAGCAAGACUUUGAAAUGCAAGACACAACUAGUUUCCCCAAAUUUUAUCAGCCUCUCUUAUGGUCUAAAAUUGGCUAAAAUUAAACACUUUUUAAUGGCUGAAAUCAUUGAAAAGUAUUCAAAACCUUUUGCCCUUUUAUGCUCAACUACCUUUCUGUGAUAUUUCCUCCUCUUUACCUGUCACAUUUAGUAAUAUUAGGAGACUAAAUGCUGUAUUAUAACGUUGCAGUAUUACCUUGAACUGCAUAGCUAAGAAGGGCAGUCAAGUUAUUUUUUCCAUAAACCGGUACAUGUAGAAGUUAGUGGAUAGGAAUGGCAUAAAGUUAGACAUGUGGCGUUGUGAUAGACUUUAUGUGUGGAUGGCUGUUGCAUAUGUCUGCCCAUUCUCCCCAAUAACACAAGUUGUCCUCAAAUAGUUUCCUAACAUUGCAAAGUUUAAAACAUGCAGUGUCUCCAAAAAGCCAAGAAAGACCUUACAUGUAACCUAGUUUGGGAUUUUUCAUCUGAAGGAAAAACGAAAGCAGCACAAUGUUUGAUAUUUUCAGUUUUAGCUUACAUCGACACAACAUAGAUAUGGCCCUAGUAAUAUUUUAGGUGUGCUCUGCAACUUUUUUCCACAGAUUUGUAGUCGUAAGAACUCUAUGAGAAGCACACUUUGCUGGACUUUGCUUGUCAUUUCAGAGCAGAGGGGUGAUUGUUUAUCAUUGCAGAAAAACCAGUGGUGAGCGGUAGAAUUCAUGAGCCAGUGCAUGACAGACAAUUCAGUAGAUAUCCACUGACAUGUUGUCACUUUUGAAGUAUGAACGAGGAUUGCGUGAAAUGGCUUUCCACGACCUUUCCGCCUUCAGGAUUCUGCCCUUUCAAAAGUGAUACUGUCAUGGAUUUUUACAUGACAUCUUUAUUUGUUUCAAGGAAACAGAAUGAAUAAGCAACAAGACAGAGGUGAUAUGAGGUAAAGUUAGCCUGCUAGCAAGCUUCUGUAGUCUUAGAGUUAGAGAUAGUAUGCAGGGCAUAGAUUUCCUGUCAUUUAAUUUUUUAAUAUAAAUAUUCAGUGUCAUGAUUCUAUUUGCAAUAUCUCGCUGGUGUCAUGAAUGUUGAAAAGCAUUAUGGCAUAAAUUUGGGGUUGUUUGUUCUAGCAAUAUGUCCGUAGUUGGCUGAUACUUGACUGAAAUAAUCUACGCACUUUAUUUUUGCACAGUAGUCAACAUUCCACACUUGCUUCUCUUCCAUACCGCUGGCAUGACGCAGCUUUAUUGCGUAGAAAUAUGAAUACGAUAAAAGAAAAACUUCCAAGAUGUAUUGAAAAGCUUCCACAGAUGGAUCCACAAAAAGUGUAUACAGGUUUAAUUUGCUAGCUCUUCCCUAGUGCAAAGAACAAUAACCCACAAAAAUAUCUAGAAACAAAUCUCUUUGGUUUGCCACUCAUAGUGUUCACAUUCUAACCAUUUCAAGUUCUGUGUUUUAGAGUGAUAAUAAGGAUGUAUUUUUAAGUGAAA